AUGAUCCUCCUAGACAACGGUGAAGUAGAGUCUGAGGACGAUAAAGAAAAAGAGGAAGAUCUUGGUCCAGUCUUUGACGAACAGAAAUGGCAGUUUGAAUAUCCAACUCAAGGGACACUUCUGGUCACUAGGAGAUCAUUGAGUGUUCAGUCUAAGUCCAAUGACCGAGAACAAAGGGAGAAUCUCUUUCACUCUAGAUGUUUAGUUAAAGAUAAGUACGUCAGGGAGCAAGUCACGGUUCCUCUUACCAUCGGCCGAUAUGAAGACGAGAUCCUAUGCAAUGUUCUUCCCAUGGAUGCAAGCCAUAUUCUUCUAGGGCGACCUUGGCAGUUUGACAUGAGGGCGAUACAUGAUGGAUACACCAACCGGCAUUCCUUUGAGCAUAAAGGAAAGAAGAUCACCUUGGUUCCUUUAACUCCGUUGGAGGUCCAUCAAGAUCAGGUCCAAUUGAAGAAAAGCCGAGACAAAGAAAUUAAAACAACAAAACCUGAGGAAUUCUCAGAUAUCUUUCCAAAAGAGAACCCUAACGCCUUAGUUCGUUCUAAUCGAAGUGUGUUGCCUAGCUGUUCCUUCAAGGUUAGUGAAAAUGCUACAUAUAAUUGCGUAGAUAUUAAUAAGCAACCAGGAAUUGAUCAUCCUUUGCUACAAAAUCACACAAUCCAGGUUGUUGGAGUAAGGUCACGUGCUGGUCCAUAUCGUGGUGUUGAAGCUUGGUAUAAUGGAUAUACACUGAAUAUCGGAAAAGACCAGGCUUCAUAUAGUGAAAUAUAUAUAGGUAGUUGGUUGAAUAACCAAGUCAAUUUUAUCCAAGCGUGUUAUAUUAUAAAUCCAAGUUUCUUUGGCACCAGACAACUUUGGACAUAUGGAUAUUUUAAGGGUAAAGAUGGAAAAGGAUGUUACAAUACAGCAUGUGAUGGGUUUAUUCAGGUAUCAAGGAGAAUUCCCAUAGUCCAACCUAUAAACCUUAACCCUGGAGUCCCUGAUUGGACACGUUGGUCCAUUCAUCAGGAUAAAGCAACAGGAAACUGGUGGCUUACGCAACUGAUAAAAAAUGCAUCCAGCGUAGAUAUUGGAUAUUGGCCAAAAGAGCUAUUUGACAUUUUAAACAGUGGUGCUAAUACAGUUGGAGUUGGAGGUAUAGUUCGUGCUUCCCAUUCAGGUUCAAGUCCCCCGAUGGGUAAUGGUAAUUUUCCAGUUGGAGGAGGCCGCACAGAUUCAGCAUUGUUUACAAAUAUUGAAGCUUUGGAUUCCAACUAUAACAGUCGUAAAAUGAAUUCUUUUCCUAUGGAGAUUUUGGUAGAUAGUCCAAAAUGUUAUGGCAUAAGAAUUGGUAGAGUGAAACCAUUUCAUCGUACACGACUCGGUUUCUUUUUUAAUUAUGGUGGUCCGGGAGGAAACUCUUGUUAA